AUGUCAACGGAACGACGCAUCAAGAGCCUUAGAGCACGCCUGAAGAGCCUGUUGACUUCAUUCAACCUAAUCAAAACCUUCGUGGAUGACUACCAAGAAGAACGGGAUUCACACCAAGUCUCGGUACGUCUGGAAUACCUGGUAACCCUCUGGAAUGACGUCAACGAAACGCAAUUGGAACUCGAGUCGUUGGACGAUGAGAGCCUGGACGAAUAUCUGAAGGUCCGAACGGAUUUCGAGUCUAGUUUCUUCCACGUGAAGGGUUUCUUACUUUCCGUUACUAAACCUACGGACCCUGCCUCUCCGACUGCCUCCCGCUCACCUGCACAAGCUCCGCCAACUUCGUCCUCGGUACGACUUCCCGACGUGAAGCUGCCCGUAUUCUCUGGUCAACUCGAGAAUUGGCUUAAUUUCCAUGACCUUUUCGUGUCUCUCGUCCACUCCUCGCAUGAACUCUCCAAUAUCCAGAAGUUCUACUACUUGCGGUCUUCCCUUUCUGGAGAUGCUCUCAAGCUAAUUCAAACCAUCACCAUCAGCGCCGACAACUACCUGGUUGCGUGGAACUUAUUGGUAAACCACUACCAGAACCCUGUCUUGUUGAAGCAGUCGUACGUGGACUCUCUUUUCGAAUUUGCCUCGUUGAAAAGGGAAUCUGCUUCGGAGUUGCACUCGCUCGUUGAAAAGCUCGAGACAAACGUCCGAGUACUUAAACAGCUGGGGGAGAGGACAGAGUUCUGGGACAUACUCUUGAUCCGCAUGCUGAGUAGUAGACUGGAUGCGACCACCAGACGCGACUGGGAGGAACACUCGUCGACAAAGGCCAACGUAGCGUUCAACGACCUGACGACCUUCCUACAGCGUAGAGUCACCGUACUGCAGACCAUCAGCAAACCCAAUGAAGUUCCACCCCAAAGCGCCCCAAAAAAGUCCGUUUCUCGCUCCGUCGCCAGCCACGGGGCCAGUCAGCCCAAUUAUCGCAAGUGCCUUGUCUGUUCCGACCACCAUCCCCUGUACCUAUGCGCCGUGUUCUCGAAGAUGACCAUCGAAGACAAGGAGAAGGAUGUCCGACGCCACCAACUUUGCCGCAACUGUCUCCGAAAGGGCCACCAUGCUCGUGAAUGCUCAUCGUCCAGCACCUGUCGUAAGUGUAGAAGUCGCCAUCACACUCUACUCUGUACCGGAGAAGCUCCUCCGGUGUCUGCGAACUCCAGACCCUCGGAAUCUCGACCGGCCACUUCCGUCGUACAAGAGCAACCCAAAAACUCCACCUCUGCAGUAUCGCAACCAGUCAGCUGCGCUUCUUCUGGUCUGAAACCUAGAAGUGUUCUCCUGGCCACCGCCGUGGUCAUUCUCGUCGAUGACAGUGGAGCCGAGCAUGCCGCUAGAGCCCUCCUAGACUCCGGAAGUGAGUACUGUUUCAUGACCGAAGCACUCGCUCAACAAAUCAAAGCUAAACGCAUCAAGAUCAACGUUCCGAUAACUGGAAUCGGGCAGUCCUCAACACUCGCCCUUCAUAAGCUUCAAUCGACCAUCCGCUCGCGGGUCAGUGGAUACUCAACCGCCGUAGAGUUCUUGGUGCUGCCACGGGUUACCGUUAACCUACCAUCCGCAUCCGUAGACAUCUCUUCCUGGGAAAUUCCGGACGGAAUCCAACUCGCAGAUCCGUCGUUCCACGACACGCAACCCGUCCAACUCGUGUUGGGAGCAGAAAUCUUCUUCGAUCUCUUCAAGGUGUCCGGUAGAAUUCAACUCGGUGAAUCGCAGCCAAACCUUGUGAACUCAGUGCUAGGUUGGGUCGUAUCUGGAGGAAUUACUAACUGCCGACCGACAACAUCUGUUACUGCCAACGUUGCAACCGUCGUCGAUCUCCAUCGCUUGAUGGAAAAGUUCUGGACCAUUGAAGAAGAUAAUGAUUCCACAAACUACUCCGUCGAAGAAGCUGCUUGUGAGGCUCAUUUCCGUCGUACUGUCACUCGUUCUCAUGAAGGUCGCUACAUGGUUCGACUCCCGCUUAAGCAAAACGUUCUUAUAAAUCUAGGUGACAAUCGUCGUUCUGCUCUUCGCCGCUUUCACCUAGUCGAGAAUCGCCUAUCUCGUAACCCUGAACUAGGACACCAAUACAAAGAUUUCAUGAGAGAAUAUGAGGAACUGGGCCACAUGCAGCUAGUCCACGACCACGAAACACCACCGUCUCCCUGCUAUCAUCUUCCACACCACGCCGUUAUUCGUGAAGACAGCUCGACCACCAAGGUACGUGUGGUCUUCGACGCAUCCUGUCGCACCUCCGAAGGAUCAUCCCUAAAUGACGCCCUGAUGGUUGGACCAAUCGUUCAAGAAGACCUCCGCUCAAUCAUCAUGCGCUCCAGAACACAUGCCGUAAUGCUCAUUGCCGACAUCAAACAAAUGUUCCGCCAAAUACUGGUCGACGAGCGCGACACCCCUCUACAACGAAUAGUUUGGCGAAAAUCACCGGACGAUCCAAUGGGCACCUACGAAUUACGGACUGUCACGUAUGGCACAGCGAGUGCACCAUUUCUGGCUACUAGGGUACUCCACCAACUCGCCGAAGACGAACAAGAGCGAUUUCCGAGAGCCGCCGAGGUCCUGCGCAAGGACUUUUACGUGGACGAUUUGUUCUCUGGAGCAAAAACCGUGGAAGAAACCAUCGAACUACGCAAGGAACUAGAUUCGUUACUUUCUGCUGGAGGAUUUGAAUUGCGCAAGUGGGCCUCAAACGCUGAAGCUGUUUUAGAGGGUGUUUCUCCCGACAACCGUGCAUUGAAGACAUCGGUAGACCUAGAUCGUGACCAAUGCAUCAAAAGUCUAGGACUCCAUUGGGAACCUGCUACUGACCAACUUCGAUACAAGAUCGACCUACCCACGACCGACGAAAAUCCACUCACGAAACGAAUCGCCCUCUCACAAAUAGCUCGCCUUUUCGACCCUCUUGGUUUGGUUGGGCCCGUCAUAACAUCAGCAAAACUAUUCAUGCAGGCCUUGUGGACACUUAAGGCUGACGAUGGACACAGAUGGGGCUGGGAUCAACCACUUCCACCAUCCUAUACGGAGCUCUGGCACAACUAUACUACGAAGCUACCUCUUUUGAAUGAACUUCGAAUUGAGCGUUGCGUCGUAUGCUCAAACCCUUCAUCUAUUCAGCUCCACUUCUUUUCGGAUGCCUCGGAAGAUGCAUACGGUGCAUGCUGUUAUAUAAGAUCGUCCAAUUCCGUCGGAGAAAUCAAAACCGCCCUGUUGACUGCGAAAUCAAAAAUUGCACCUCUCAAACAGCAAAGCAUUCCCCGUCUCGAACUCUGUGGAGCUCUCCUAGCAGCCGAACUCUAUAAGAAGGUAGCAGCAUCCCUACGAAUCACCGCCGAAACUUACUUUUGGGUGGACUCGACCAUCGUAAUCUGCUGGCUAAACUCAACACCAUCGACAUGGACCACCUUCGUUGCCAAUCGGGUCUCGGAAAUCCAACUCGCCACGCAAAACUGCACCUGGAACCAUGUAUCAGGACAACACAACCCAGCAGAUCACAUAUCUCGAGGACUGUCAGCUGAAAUUCUCUUGCAUAAUGAGCUUUGGUGGAAGGGACCGCAAUGGUUGACCCUCGACCAACAAUUCUGGCCUUCGCAGCAAAUGAUGAAUGAACCCAACUCGUCUGCAAUCCCCGAAACACGAAAAGUAUCCGCAACAGCAUCUCCGACAAUGAACGAACCAUCAUUCAUCGAUCUGUUUGUCAAUAAAUUCUCGAACUACAACAAGAUGCUUCGAGUCGCAGCCUAUUGUCGUCGGUUUAUUUUACACUGCCAGAAAAACCCGAAACCGACCACAAAGAUCAUCAGCGUCGAAGAAAUGCAUGGAGCUGAAACGUCAUUGAUUCGACUUGUGCAGCAGCAAUCAUUCCCCGCUGAAUGGAAACAACUCCAACAGUCCCAACCAGUCUCUACAAAAUCUCGAAUCCGUUGGCUCAAUCCUUUCCUAUCGACAGAGCAGGUUAUUCGCAUCGGUGGAAGAUUAAAACAAGCGCAACAACCCUACGACAGCAAACACCAGAUAUUGCUACCAUCCGCCCACGCACUCUCGACCCUACUCAUUCGUCACCUACACGAAACCCAUCUCCACGCCGCACCGCAGCUGCUAAUUAACACUCUUCGUUUGCGAUAUUGGGUCACUGGAGCCAGGAGUCUGUCGAGAAAGAUCGUCCAGCAUUGCAUCGCCUGCAUCAAAUCACGUCCGAAGCUUGUCCAACAAUUUAUGGCUGAGCUCCCAGCUGAACGAAUCACUGCUACUCGUCCGUUCACUAUUACGGGUUCCAAGAAUCUCCCCUUUCAGGAUGCUGUUCAGGUCCUACACGUCAAGGGACCUCAGAAGAGAUUUAGGGACGACUUCAGUUGCCGUGCGUACAAUCGGAACUAUACAGACAACCUCCAGCUCCCACAUCUGCUUAAACUCCUCCGCUAG